AUCCUUCGCAGUUCCGGUAAAUCGCCCACUCGCCCAAGCAACAUGUCCCGCAAGCAGAAGCGCAGCAUCGUGCAGUCGCAGCACGACCUCGAGGUUCGCCGCGCCAAGGAGGCCAAGGAAAAGCUGCUCAAGAAGCGCGAACACCGCAUCGCCAAGCAAAAGAAGACGGUCGAGAAGAAGGUGUCGUCCAAGGUCGCCCGCCGCAUCAAGGCGCGCCAAGAAAAGGAAGGCGUCAAGGACGAGGACGAGAACGCCAUGGACGAAGCGUAAAUAGAAGCGCGCUUAUCAUCAUCAACUAAGACUACUCCAUGCGCUCCAAGCACUUGGCCAUA